CGCAAUUCAUUUCGCUUAAGAAAGGCAGCAAGGUGUGCUUUCCAAGACGUUGGACUUGUCUCCUUCGCAAGAACAGUCCAGUUCACUGUAACGUCAAGCACACACCAUGCCUCAGUCCUCCAAGAUCAAAGACAUUAUCAUCACGGCAGUGGCGUUCCAUGAUAUGCCCUUGCUGAAUAGCGUGGGUGUGCAUGAGCCAUUUGCCCUGCGCAGCAUCAUUGAAAUCGUCACGGACGAUACCAAUGGGCUGGGCGAAUCAUACGGUGACUCCGUGCACCUUGGUCGCCUCCAGAAAGCAGCCGAGCAAAUCAGAGGCCUCUCAGUGUACGACACAAAUGCCAUUUACCAAAUUUGUGCCGACUCCUUGGCCGGGGACACCAGCACCGGUGGUGAUGGUAUGGCAGGAAUGGUAACUACGGCAUCUGCUGCCGACAAAGUCUUCUCUCCAUUUGAGGUUGCAUGCCUAGACAUCCAAGGCAAGCUUGCAGGGGUGCCGGUCAGCGAUCUGCUUGGCGGCCGGGUCAGAGACAAUGUCCAGUACUCUGCCUACCUCUUCUACAAGUGGGGAGGACAUCCCGGUCAACCGGACGAUGAAUAUGGCCCGGCACUUGAUCCGGAGGGUGUGGUAAAACAAGCAAAGAAGAUGAUCGAUGAGUACGGCUUCAAAGCCAUCAAGCUGAAGGGAGGAGUUUUCCCGCCAGAUCAGGAGGUUGCAGCUAUCAAAGCGUUGCAUAAGGCCUUCCCAGGCUUACCUCUCAGGCUCGACCCAAACGCAGCAUGGACUGUGGAAACAUCAAAAUGGGUGGCCAAGGAGCUGGAUGGAAUUGUCGAGUACCUGGAGGAUCCGACUCCAGACAUUGAAGGCAUGGCCGCAGUGGCCAAGGAGGCUUCUAUGCCGUUGGCCACGAACAUGGCUGUGGUCGCCUUUGACCAUCUGCCUCCUGCCAUAUUGCAAAAUGCUGUUCAGGUGGUGUUGUCUGACCACCACUUUUGGGGAGGCUUGCGGAAAUCCCAGACUUUGGCCGCUAUCUGUGCCAUCUGGGGUAUGAGGCUUUCGAUGCAUUCAAACAGCCACUUGGGCAUUUCCCUUGCUGCCAUGACACAUCUUGCAUCGGCAACUCUGAACCUAGACUAUGCUUGUGAUACUCAUUGGCCGUGGAAGCGGCGCGAUGAGGAUGUGAUUGUCGAUGGCGCGCUGAAAUGGGCUGACGGCGGUUUGAACGUUCCCACUGCACCCGGCUUGGGCAUCGAGUUGGACCGAGAGAAACUGGCCAAGCUUCAUAAACAAUACUUGGACUGUGGUUUGAGAAAACGAGACGACACCACUUAUAUGAGGAAGUUCCACCCCGACUUUUCGGCCAAAAUUCCGAAGUGGUGAGGUGGAAUGCAAAUAUACAUAGUUGGAAUAGACCUAAUACCUCGUCAAAAUACGCAGGUUGUAAAACGACACCUAAUGUUUGUAGCCACAACUUGAAUUUGACAAAAGUCGUUGUAGAUGACAAGGCCCAGAGAGGUGACAUUGUUGUAGAAAUUCCC